UUUGUGUGGAGUUUGCGGCUCCGCACGGAGGCUGCUUGGGUUUCUCCGUUUGGCGCUCAGAGCUGCGGGUUUCAGCGAGUUUUCGCGGUGCCCAUUCUGAGUCUUUUCAUUGCUAAUCAGUAGUGGAUCACUUUGCCAAGCUGCAGGGAGAACAAAAGAAUCGAAAAGGAGACGUUCGGCGCCCUGCCGCUUUGCUGCGAGCGGCUGCUUCUACCGUUCUCGCCGCCUUGGGGAAGCAGACUUUAUAAUCAUCACUGGAUUGUAAGUACCGGAGGCGAAGAGAGCUCACUGCGCCCCGCUUUCUGAAUAACUUUGUUCCGGGAAAGUUUGUGGAUUGGGAGUGUCUGCCGGGCCUUACGUUCUGUGCUGAAAAUCGUUCGGCGGGAGCCGCCAUUUGCUUUCCUGCGCUCUAGCUAGUUCUCUCUGCGUUGUCUGGCAGCGGCACCUAGAGGUUGGAACUUGGCAUUGCAUCUCAUAGAUUUAACGAACGUAACUGAGCCUUUGUGUCCGUUAAGGCUGUAUUUAGUCACAGCAUAUUUAGCGAAAAGACUUGGGACUUAAUUCAAAAUUAAGACAAUAUAGACUCUUCUCUGUGUUCUAUUUGGAACUCCUUGUAAUUAGAAAUUUCAAUUUAUAACAAGCUGAUCUUUUGAACUGUUGCAGUAGCUGGAACUUUUUAGUGCAACAGGUGUUUAAUAGAGGAGAACUGAGUCACAAAGAAGUUAAGAUGAGUAAGAGCAAAGAUGAUGCUCCUCAUGAACUAGAGAGCCAGUUUAUCUUACGCCUACCUCCAGAAUAUGCCUCUACUGUGAGGAGGGCAGUGCAGUCUGGUCAUGUCAACCUAAAGGACAGACUGACAAUUGAAUUACAUCCUGAUGGACGUCAUGGAAUCGUCAGAGUGGACCGAGUUCCAUUGGCCUCAAAAUUGGUAGAUCUGCCCUGUGUUAUGGAAAGUUUGAAAACCAUUGAUAAGAAAACCUUUUACAAGACAGCGGAUGUCUGUCAGAUGCUUGUGUGCUCAGUUGAUGGUGAUCUGUAUCCUCCUGUGGAGGAACCAGUUGCCAGUGCUGAUCCAAAGGCAAGUAAGAAAAAGGAUAAGGAUAAAGAGAAAAAGUUUGUCUGGAACCAUGGUAUUACUCUGCCUUUAAAAAAUGUCAGAAAAAGAAGAUUCCGGAAGACUGCAAAAAAGAAAUAUAUUGAAUCUCCAGAUGUGGAAAAAGAAGUGAAACGGUUGCUGAGUACAGAUGCUGAAGCUGUCAGUACUCGGUGGGAAAUAAUUGCUGAAGAUGAAACAAAAGAAACAGAAAAUCAAGGCCUUGAUAUCUCUUCUCCAGGAAUGUCUGGUCACAGGCAGGGCCAUGACUCAUUAGAACAUGAUGAGCUGCGGGAGAUAUUCAAUGACCUCAGCAGUAGCAGCGAAGAUGAAGAUGAGACACAGCAUCAAGAUGAAGAAGAUAUAAACAUCAUUGACACUGAGGAAGAUCUGGAAAGACAGCUACAGGACAAGCUGAAUGAAUCAGAUGAACAUCACCAAGAAAGUGAAGGAACCAGUCAGCUGGUUAUGGGGAUUCAGAAACAGAUUGACAACGUGAAAGGCAAGCUCCAAGAGACCCAGGACAGGGCAAAACGACAGGAGGAUCUCAUCAUGAAAGUGGAAAAUCUGGCUCUCAAGAACAGAUUUCAGGCUGUGCUAGAUGAGCUCAAACAAAAGGAAGAUCGAGAAAAGGAGCAGCUCAGCUCUUUGCAAGAGGAGCUAGAAUCACUCCUAGAGAAGUGAGGAGUUUUUAUACUUAAUUGUACAGUAGUUACACUGUACGAUUUAUGCAGUCCUUAGCCUGGUCACCCUUAGAAGAACCUUGGCUACAUCAUUUGGGCUGGAUAUUACGAGUUUGCUGUAGUUUCCAUUGCCUUUACUGUUAGAUACUCAGUUGAAUUAUCUCAUUUGAUUUUAAUUUUGUUUUCAGCAAAAUAAUUUCAUUUUGUUAGAUGUUCAUCCACAAGAAGUAGGAUAGGAUUGGUGGAAUGCGUAGUUCUGUCAAUCAUAGCAUCACUGUAGGACUUUGUUAUUGUUUCUCUGUUUGCCAGAAGCUGCUGUUGCUGUAGUGAUGCCAUCUGAGAAAAGAAGAAAGAACCCAGUUUAAAAGUAGUAAAGCUAGUAUGCAUAUGUUUUUCCAUGCAAUAGCUAUUUUUUGAGCUAUUCAAAGCAAUUUCCCAAAUGUAGAGAUGUAAAUCAUUUCAUAAAGUUGUUUCUAACAUAAUAAAAGCAGCUAA